AACAGAACAUUAAUAUAUUAGACGCAACACUUAAACGUGAAAUCAGCUCUGCCAUCGUCAUUCCAGCCUCGUAGAGAUUGUCAACUGAAUUUAUUGAUAUAAUACAGCGGUUUUAAACCGAUGGGGAUAUCUCUCCAAAGAGGGAAUUUUUGUUUUACUGAAAUGGAAGGGAUGGAGAAUGGUGUAUCGUAGUUUCUGUUUGCCAUAAUUGAAUACAGUAAGUUCGAAAAGGAUUCGUCUUCGAUCUUUUUCGAUGAAUACCAAUUACGCCCAUAAAUCAGCUUUUUCUGUAAAUUAUUUAUCUAGACCAGGGAUCAGCAAACUUUGUGACUGAAAGAGCCAAAUUCUACAAAAUUGUUCGUAGAGUUCCAUAUGAAGAGCAAAAUAAAUAAGCCAAGAAUAAAAAAUGUGUGAAAUGUCUAUGAAAUAAAUAAACGACUAAGAGCCACCAACUCAACGCAAAGGAGGUUCGCUGAUCUAGAGGAAUACUUUUUAAAAUCAAUUUCACAACAUAUAAAAUUUUGACAAUGAAGUAAAAUCCACUGAUAUUGCGGAAGAAUUCAAACUAUGGUAGCAAAUGCUUUACCUUCAUUUUCGUGUCUAAAAACUAAACAUCAAACGCGAAUAAAAUGGCUUCAUCCAAGAAAUCUGCAGGAAGCAUCCACAAAAUUCGCGAGUUUGAGCUUGACAAAGUGGUUUUGUCUGACGAAUUCGACGUCUUACAAAUCGUUGGCGAAGGUUGGUUUGGAAAAAUAUUACUCGUGGAGCAUCGUGCAACUGACACCGAGAUGGUCCUGAAACUUCUACCAAAACCGUUCGUUUCACUUACCGAUUUUUACAAGGAAUUUCACUUCAGCCUUAUGCUGGGGCAACAUAAAAAUAUUGUCACCACUUAUGAUGUAGCUUUCGAAACGGCUGGAUUUUUCGUAUUCACCCAAGAGUACGCCCCAUUAGGAGAUCUGACAUCUAAUGUCUCCGACAAUGGCAUUGGUGAGCUACAUACAAAGCGUGUUGCAAGACAACUUGCUUCGGCGGUCGAUUAUAUUCAUCAAAAAGAUCUAAUUCACAGAGAUAUUAAACUAGACAAUGUGUUAGUGUUUCGCUCAGACUUUGCACGUAUUAAACUAUGUGAUUUUGGCGAAUCUAGAAAGCUAGGUGAGGAGGUUCUGAGACGUAAUGAAUGGCUUCCAUACAGUCCUCCAGAAGUUUUGCUGGUAAAAACGGAUGAUAAAUACAAGACUGAUACAGCUCAUGAUGUGUGGCAGUUUGGCAUAGUUUGUUUUGUAUGUCUAACGGGGUGUUUGCCUUGGCAAAAAGCAUCCACAGACGAUCCUCGAUAUAAUCGCUACCAACAAUGGCAUCAAGCAACACUCACCUUUCCGAUGAAACGAUGUCCAAAACUGUUCAAGCUGCUCUCUGCAAGAGCAUGUAAACUGUUUAAGAAGUUUUUGGAUCCUCGUUCGGAUAGACGUUUAAAGACUCUAAGCGAUUUGCAAAAAUUUAUCGAUGAUCGAUGGCUAGCAAAAUCUGCUGAAAAGGAAAUGGCUGAAAAUGAGCCCGAUGAAUUGUGCCCUUCGAUGUAUUCUUUCCACAGUAGCGUCGAGGAAAAAAAUAAGCUACUAGGAACUCUGGCAAAAUGUGGCAUCGAGACAACAGUUGAUCGUGCUGCUAAGAAAAACCGUAUAAGAGAUUGGAUUCAAUCGUCUGUCAUCGUAGAGGAAGAGGAAGAAGAUGAUUCAGGAUGCGCCACUCCUUCAUCCACCGUUUCUAGAACUGCUGUUCCUGGACACGUUUCAUCGGUGGCCGCUAUGGAACGAACGGAGAAAAAAAUUAACACAACAGUAAAGGAGGCAUCACAAAAACACAUCGAUCCACGUACCGGCACCGUUCAAGUCGGUCCAAGUGAGAUGGGAUCUAUUAAUGCUCAUAAAAAUAACAAUAACCGGUCUCCACCAAACAUUAAUGGACACACGAUAUUGUCAAAUUCUAGCAAACCUAAUCUCCUCUCAGCUACACAUGGCCUCGUAAAGGUGGCAUUUAGUUCGGUUGGAUCAGUUCCGUUACCGCAAAACAAUCGUAGCGAUUUAGUCAAUAAAAAGAGUAAUAUGGAGGACAGUGGCUACGGUAGUAUAAACGGUACCCAUAAGAAUCGAUCAUAUUCCAAUAAAAUUUCAAAAUCGCCGACAUUACCUAAACGAUCUACUUUCAUACGAUCUGAAAAUAAUCCUUCGGAAGAUAUGGAAUCAUCAGAAGAACACGACAGUCAAAGCUUAGAGUUCGACGAACUUGAAACAGAUCGCGGAUCGGAUGGUUUUGUUAAUGCAUUGCAUGAAAAACGAAAGUCAGAGAAAAAACAAGAGAGUACCUAUGAUAAGCUCUUCUUUCGAAGAAAAUAGUUGCAACUCGUCUCUACAUUUUCUUUGAGCAUAAAUAUUUGCAAGAA